AUGCAAAAGAUAUGCAAGGGCAAAGCGCACCGCAACCUACUCCUCGUGUCGUAUAAGUCGUCCAAUAUCCUGCGGAAGUCGCUCAAGGUACCGCAGCCCGAGCUACGGCUCUACACGCUUAAGCUCUUCAAGAACCAGGUACCUUAUUGCGGCCGCAAGUGGCGGCAGAGCAACAUGCGGGUUAUUACGGCCGUGUACCUACACUGCCGACCGGAGCUGCGCGACGAAUGGCUCGCGGGCAGCGACGUGGACGCUGAGGUCGACUCGGCCGUACCCCUCGAGCAGGCGCUGCGCGGCCUCGCCCACUGGUUCAAUAUCCGCCGGUACCCUGACGGCGUGGCACCCGGCGUGCGCGCCUCAGUGCGUCAAGAGCAGGAUUUCUUCUCCAGGGAGGUGGAUAGAUUGGAGGUGGCGUGGGUGGAUGAUGCAGAAAUAGCCGACUGGGAGCAGGAAGCAGCCUUGGCGAUGGGGUAUUAA